AUGAACCCCAUUUUGUUGAUUCGAUUGUGUGGGAACUGCUGGUUAGAAGAACUAGUCGAUGUCAAUCGAGUGACGGAUUCAUCAUUACUAUCAGUAAUAGGAGGCCCCAUUCCAGGCCAGAGUUAUAAAUGGAGGUCGUGGUGCCUCUACAGCGAAGCCAGGGAGGUGAAAGCCAAACUCAAUGAGCUGAACAAAGCUGGAGACGAUGAAGCACUGCGAAAAUGGAGGAGCGAACGACAUAGCCUAGUUGAAGCAAAAAGGCGGAGCGCAGAGCCGCUCUCCACAUGGCUUAGGAAUAGGGAUCGGGAGCGAGCAAAGAAUCGGGAUAGCCUAAAAGCCUUGCGUCAGAAUGAAAAAUCAUGCAUCAUUGCAUCAGGCCUUCCUAGGGCCUCAGAAGUUUACACAUGGCCAGAAUGCACACCGCUCAUUGAGAAUGAUAUGCUCCACGAACAAUUCUUGAACGAGUUUGAAGCGAAGAAAACCGGUUUACAGCAAUUGAUCGGAGAGUGGAGGCAUAGACUUGAAACACAGCUAAUCGCGGCAUUACCCAAAGGAACUCUGCGACCGACUUUGGAAUCUUCGCCUUUCACUAUGACCAUCCAUACUACUGAGAUCGUUCAGCCAGUAGAUGUCCUUCCGGGGGAUAUACGCAAGCUUCUCCGAGCGGAUGCCAUUUUCACUACAUCGCAUAUUCAUGAUCAUUCUCAAGUACACUGGUAUCCCCAUAGCUUCGACCAUUUCGCAGGCGAUAUAACUAAAAUGAUUUUUUAUGAUCAUGCCUGCAACAUUUCACGAGCACUUUUAAGUGUCCUAGGUAUUCCCGACGCUACUUACUUGCAUGUCAAAGCAAUGGGGAAGGCUUUCCGAUGCGGAAGGUGUCCCCAGGCAACAGCUCCUAACUAUGACUGGAUGGACAUGGUUUGCCAUUAUCUGGAAUCAAUCCGACUGUGGGCGUCUAACGCUAGGCAACGUCAAGUCCGGUCUGCCAAGGACUUUGUAUACAUCUGCACACACGACAUUGAUGCAAAUAACUCGUCCCGUCCACUUGUAUGGAUACCAGCCCAAGAUGAUCUUCCCACUCAACCCGCUCUCUUUUCUUGGAGCUGGUCCAAGUGUAUGCCGUGUCAAAGAGUCGGUCUUGGCACCAGAAUCCCUACCCAAGCUAUCGUGGAACAUGUACGCUAUGUGCACUUAAUUGAGGAGCCGGAAUUAGGCAUUCACUACCAACAUUAG